AUGCCCGACCAAACACCAAAGAACAUCCGCCCUCUCAACCGCUUCAUAACAACCCACGACAGCACCGGCAAAGCAAUCUUCUCAACCACUCUCCCAGAAGAAAUGCCCCUCCAACGCGUUGGCGACGGCGCAGACUUUAGCCUAGCCUAUACAUCAAGCCACUUCCCAGCAGAGCUGAACGAGGACACCGACAUCAGCGAGUACAACGCGUACCUCGCCAGUCCACCGGGGAUUACAAUCUCUACCGGCAACGUGUGCCGGAUCGUGGACAUGCAGCCCGGGGCUACGUCACCCAUGCACCGGACCGUCUCGCUGGAUUAUGGCGUCGUGCUGGAGGGCGAGGUGGAGCUUCUGCUUGAUUCGGGGGAGAAGCGCUUGCUCAAGCGCGGAGAUGUUGCCGUGCAGCGCGGGACGAAUCAUGCUUGGAGGAAUGUUACGCCUAAUGUUGUGGUUGAUGGGGUGAGUGCGCCGCAGUGGGCGAGGAUGUUGUAUGUUCUUUCGCCGGCGAGGCCUAUGAGUGUUGGUGGGAGGGAGCUUGGGGAGGUCGUUGAUGGGAUUGGGGUUCGGGCUAGUACUUGA